AUGUAUUAUUUUGGAAUAUAUCCAGAGCUUUGGGCAUUCUAUCUUACUGUUUUGAUUCCUCAAUUGGCCAUGACUUUGAGUAUCUAUAUUGUCAUGUUUAUUAUGUUUUUCCCAUUUUUGACAGUGUAUUAUUCAGUGUUUCAAGGACCACUUGGUAUAGCCUCAGCAUGGUUAACUAUCUGGGUUGGAUCAGCAACCACUUCUAUUUUCAUCGUUACUUAUGCCUUAUUACCCAUUGUUCAAAAAGUCGCCUUUGAUGCUGUUAUGAGUAGAGAAUUUUCUGAUGAUGUUGUAUUAUUAGGUAAACUUAGAAGAAUUGCCAAAGUUCCAUUUUUAGUUAAAUGUGGUAGAAUCUUUUGGAUCAUUCCUUAUUUAUGGGUUUUACCUUAUUUGAUUGCCAAAUUGAUUCUUAUUUAUUUAGUUCUUUUAAUUCCUAUUCCAUUUGUGGGAUUGAUUUUAUCACUUUGUUUACAAGCGCCAUCUAAGGGUUUACAAGCUCAUUCAAGAUAUUUUACCUUAAAAGGAUUUGAUAAAAGACAAAUUCAUGCCAUUUAUGUAGCUAAUAGAGGUUCAUACUUAGGUUUCGGUGCCAUUGCUGUAUUAUUGGAACAAACUCCUAUCAUUGGAUUACUCUUUAUGUUUACUGAUACUCUUGGUUCAGCAUUAUGGGCAGUUACGAUUGAACAAAGAGAAAAGAAAGAGGCUGCAAAUUUAUUAAAUGAGACUGCCACAUUAAGAUCUCCUACUAAUGUUGAGAUUAUUGAAGCUAAUGCUUCAUUAUAUGAUCCCAAGAAAGAAGAUUAA